AUGGAAGCCUUCUUAAUAUCUCAGUCCUAUCAUGUUUGGCAUGCUGUCAUACAUGGUGUUGUGAUUCUUAAUCCUGAUAACCCCUCUGCUAAAGAUAAAUUGGCUGUGGCUAAUGAUGGCAAGGCCAAACAUAUUCUCUUUUGUGUCUUGAGGCAACAAGAGUUUACCAGAGUUAAAAAUUAUAAAACGACCAAGGAAAUGUGGGAUUCUCUUCAGGCAGCUUAUGAGGGAAAUAAAGUUAUUAAGGAGAAUAAGAUACAGCUAUUCAAAGUUCAGUAUGAGGUCUGCAAAAUGGAAGAAAGAGAAACUGUUGCUGAGUACAUGUUUAGGAUCAAUGACCUUGUCAACAAUAUGAGAGCUCUUGGUGAAGAUAUUAAGGAUGUUGAUGUUUGUAAGAAGAUACUAAGGUCACCCACUUCUAGAUUCAAUCCUAAAGUGACAAUUCUCGAAGACAAAGAUCUUUCUCAGGUGAAGAUUGAUGAGCUUCACGCCUCUCUCACUACCUAUUAA